AUGCCUGCGAGGUCGAGCUUACUCGACACGAGGACGGCCAAUCCUCACUACGCGGCAUUGGCUCAAGUGCGGGAGCACCUCGCACCAACACUGCAGAGAGUCAAGGGGAGCUCGCACGGCCUAGCGGUUGAUGACCGUGCGCUGAAGGAGGCAAAGGAUCAGGUGGCGAAGACAAGAGCGGAGCUAGUCGCGAAAGGUCUCGACGAGGACAUGUACACGGCAGCCCUUAUGCAGGGGACACACCCAGAAGACGGCGGAGGCACCGGCACACCGUUCAUCACGCUAGGUGACGGCAACUGCCUGUUGAACGCGGUUGCGCUGCAGUAUGUGAGGGCGGAGGGGCGGGCGGUAAGGGCCGCCGUCCCACAGUUGGCCGCGAAGCUGCGGCUGAGCGUCGUCCUUGAAGGGCUUCGGCACAUGGAGGCAUAUUUGUCCCUUCAGGAGGAUAUCUUCUGCUGCUGGGACAACUACACUGGUGAUGUUAAUGACAGACUCACCGCUGCCGGGUGGUGUGUUGAGCCCGACACGAUCGACAAAGCCCGUGUUGGUUCGCGUGAGACCGCGCGGCUGUUCUUCGUUGCACAGCUACACAACAUAGCCGUCAAGGGACAAUGGCUCCAGCAGUUCGUGCUGCCAAUCCUGGCAACGGUUAUCCAGGCGCCGAUCCGUGUCUUUGUUCCAUACCACAGCGUGAACAUCUCGUUCGGAGGGUGGUGGGGACACACUCUCUUCCGACCCCUGUAUCAAGCAGGUCCUUCGCGUGAUCCGGUCUAUGCCGUGUUCACAACCUAUUCAACUGCGAACUACCUGCCGACCUUCACGGAUGCAGCCGGUUUGGUGCAACAAGUGGGCAUGAGUGGAUUGCCAACUCUGAACCACUUCGUGGCGAUGUCCCCUGACAGGGCAGUAGACAUGAACGCCCUCGCCGUGCAGCGGUUCGAGGACAGGCUACGGAGCGCGACGGACACCUACCGGGAGGCUGUUUCCGUGCUCAACGUAGCAAAGCAGAAACCGGACCAGGAGGAUGCUCUCCUCCGUGACAUGAAUGCCGAGGUGAAGAAGGCUCGCGAGGACCUGAUAUUGCGCGAGCGUGACUACAACCUCGUCAGAGGCGCCUACUUUGUGAGUAGCCACCGUAGGCACCCGCCUCAUCCCGAGACCUUGUCGGCAGGGGCCGAGGUUGGCGGAUCGCAGUCAUACGACGUCGAGGUCAUCUGCGCAGGCGCCACGGAUGACGACGGCCGCCCCGAUCCUCUGGGAGAGGGUGUCCUUCGUCGAAAGCUUGAGGCCGUUCGCUUCGACCUUAGCCUUUUCGAGGAAGCGCCGCCUGACACUGACCUGGAGAAGGACUGCAUGCGUGGCCCUGAGGCGGAAUCGACUGAAGACAGCAGCGUAUGGGCGCGCACGUCGUUGGAGGCCCUCCUCGACCUCAUCGGCGAACUCCCCGUCCACGUUGCGGCGGCUGUGCGAUACAAACUCACGCCUGCAAGGCCGGGUCAUGUUGUGGUUUUCGGACCCAAUGGCUUCCACUUGUGCUCUUGCCUCAAGCUGUUGCGACACGGCCUCGUCUGCAGACACUACUUCGCCGUGCUAGUUCGCUUCCUCGGCUGCAGGUUCAAGGGAAUCCUGCUCGACCACCGCUUCGACGGCAACAGUCUCCACGCACGCUGGCGGCAAUCGCUUGACGGCAACGACGAGCCAUGGACCGUCUCUAGAGUGUUGAAAGAGACAGGGCACGGCGACGGCUGGGACGGGUGUGAAGAGGGCGCAGACGACAACUUCUGGGGGCCAACGUUCGACGACGACGACGCGGGGGACGGCGUGCAUCCUUCGGAACGUGCGGCAAAAGCAGCUGCCGCUCGAUCAGCGACUGAUGAGCGCCGGGUGUUCGCGAGCAUGAUGGCCAAGAGCAAGGAAAACGUCUCCGAAAUCCUAAGGACGGUUCCACACGCGAAGGCCAUGGAGAUCCAGGCUGACCUCGACAAGUGGGUGAGGUUCCAGCUCGCGGAGGCUACCGGACAGAACAGCGCCAAGAAUCCCGCGCAGGUCAAGAAGGCUGGAAGGCCUAAGAAAUCAAAGUCGGGAGAACAACAGGAGAAGCGCGGUGAUGGCAAUGGUGCGCCGCCAGGGCAGACCGGCUCUGCUAAGCCGGUCGGUAACCCGCAAGGGCGGAUGGACAAGAGCCGCAGGGCCAAAAGGAU